UCAUUUUUCAGUUUAUGAUAUUGUCGUGUUGCUUGCUCGUAGGUUCUGAAUUUGUACUUCCACCAACACCACUGCGUGCUGCUAUGGCAGUGUCCACUUCUGCUCCCACUCCAGCUGAUGGCAGUGAUGGUGUCCAGACAAGCAGCCCAAUGAAUGCUACCUCAAGCAAUCACUUUAUAGAAAUGUAUGACAAUGAUAGGGAUGGUGUCUAUUUAAGCAUCCCCGGUGAGUUCUCUGAAACUUGGGUUCUUUUGUUACAUAUCAUUUUUAAGUUUCUGAAAUUGGUAUUGCUACUUGCUUGUAGGUUCUGGCUUGGACUUUACAUCAGUGGCUUCUUCAAGUCAUCAUCAUAGCGGGGCUUCUUCAAGUCAUCCCAAUCUGUCACCUGAGUUGCGAUG